AUGAGUACCGGACAGUUUGAUGAUGCGCUGGAAGAUGCUACGGAGGGGCUGGAUGCCAUCCGUUUGCAAGGAGAACCACCCCGUGCAGCUACCGGGGUACCGUUGAAAACGAACAUCGAAAUCCAGGAUGCACUGUUCAUGUAUAGCGCGAAUGAGGAUCGCGUAGCUGAGCAGUACGAUGAGUGCAACUACGACGAGGAGAGCGACGAUGACGAUGAGGACGAUUUUUACUGCUUCGAAGGCGGGGAGCUGAAACGAAACCAGCAGUUGAACCUUAACCAAACGCAUGCGAACGCCCAGAAUGCCAGCCAGAAAGUGUCUCAUUUUCAACCGGCCGACGUGCUGUUUAAAAAGUUCACAAACCGCAUUAACGUGGAACGAUACGAGGGUCCUGCUUCAUUGCCAACCCACGCGAAGAACAAGCUUAUCGAAACGCAGCGCAAAGUGGACAGCGAACGAUUGCGGAGCAAGGAUAAGCAAGAUCGCGCAACGGCCGAACAAGUGAUGGAUCCGCGUACGCGCAUGAUCCUAUUUAAGCUUCUCAGCCGCGCAAUGAUAACCGAAGUUAAUGGAUGCAUUUCGACGGGAAAGGAAGCGAACGUUUACCAUGCUACAUCGAGUGAGGGUCGUGAUUAUGCGAUUAAAAUCUUCAAAACGUCCAUCCUCACUUUCAAGGAUCGUGAUAAGUAUGUGACGGGAGAGUAUCGCUUUCGGCAUGGUUACAGCAAACACAAUCCCCGUAAAAUGGUGCGCACCUGGGCAGAGAAGGAGAUGCGUAAUCUAGUGCGCAUGAAGAAAUGCGAUCUGCCCGUCCCGGAACCCAUACUGCUGCGCAGCCACGUGUUACUGAUGGAGUUCAUCGGAUGCGACGGUUGGCCAGCACCAAAACUGAAAGACGUCCAGUUGAGCACCUCAAGGGCUCGCGAGCUGUAUCGAGAUACCGUCGAAAUGAUGUGGAAUAUGUACAACCGCUGCAAGCUGGUUCACGCCGAUCUAUCCGAGUUCAAUUUGCUGUAUCAUGCUGGCAAAAUCGUGAUCAUCGAUGUGUCGCAAUCGGUAGAGCACGAGCAUCCGCAUGCAUUGGAAUUCCUGCGCAAAGACUGCAGCAACGUGACAGACUUUUUCCACAAGCGCGAGGUUUCAACGAUGACGGUGAAGGAACUGUUCGAUUUCAUAACCGAUCUUUCGAUUACACCCGAAACAAUGGAGCAACGGUUGGAACAAAUGUCCGAACGCAUCGCCAACCGCAGCUUCGAUGAGUUCACUGAAAAGCAAAAGCUGGACGAAGCCGUUUUCAAGCAAAUUUUCAUUCCCAAGUCGCUCCACGAAGUGUACGAUGUCGAGCGGGAUGUAUUCGAAAAACGACCGGACGAUUUGGUGUACAAAACCAUCACCGGUUUGGCGAACCAACCACAGCACAAGGAAGCUGCAAUCGGCCAAGGGGAUGAUGACUCGAUCACAGACAGUGCUUCUGAGCAAUCCGACUUCGAUGGUGAGGACGAUGAAGUCGCCAAGCAAUCGUCGAACGGCAUGAUUGUGGUACGGUCAAAAACAGAAACACCAGAAGAACGGAAAGCACGCAAAAAAGCGGUGAAAGAUGAGAAAGCCGAAAAGCGAAAAACGAAAGUGAAAAAGCACAUCAAAAAGCGCAAGGAAAGGAUUGCAGGACGUAAAUAG